AUGCCUGGUCCCGACACCACGGUCCCUCUCGUUUCGGUCAAUCUUGCCACAGUCUGCAUCGAGAGCUUUCUCUAUGGCAUUUUCUUUGUCCUCACCGUCUCUUCUGUCUACCUUUUGAUUUGGCGAUCGCGCAUGAGCAACGGAGGCCACAGUCGCUCGGCUGUCUUCACGUCUCCUAUGUUCGUGGCUGCGAUAAUGCUGUUUGUGCUAAUCACGGGACACUGGAUUUGUACAGUCCUACGUUUGUUCCAAGCCUUCGUUAUGCAAGAUCCAUCACAGGCCUUACCAUUCUACGCCGACCUGUCACAGAACAGCGAGGUCAUCAAAACGGCGUUUUUGAUGUCGUCGCUGGUCGUAGGAGACGUUAUGAUGAUAUAUCGCUUGUGGACUAUAUGGAAUAGAAACUACAAGAUCAUCAUCUUCCCGUGUUUAACACUAGUAGGUCUCACCGUGUGCGGUGCUGGUAUCGUAUACCAGUUCACGGUGUUUACCCCGGGAGAGAGCGUUUUCCUCUCCGCUGCUGGGCGAUGGAUUACGAGCGACUGUGUCUUCACGCUCGUGUCCAAGUCGGUUAGCGGUGUCCACCUGAUGCCUGUACUUGCGACUUUCGUCGAGAGUGCAGCCAUGUAUACGUCAUGGACGAUCUUCUUUUUUGGCAGCUAUCAGUCCGGCUCCAAUAUGCAGUUUCUUGCCGUUGAUGGCUGGGCAGCGAUGGCGGGUAUAUCGUACAUGCUCAUCAACGUGCGAGUCGGCCUUGGAUGGGCGAGCAACGGCGUGGUCAGUCAGGGCAGAGCUCUGUCGACCACGUCUCAGACCUUCGACCACCAGCGUGGUACGCAGCUUGCCGUUCGUGUGACUACGGUUGUUCGUGAUGACGGCGCGUACGAGCUUGGGCACAAAAGGAACGAUGCCGGUUUGGAUUCGCAGGAGUUCUGA